AUAAAUAUUCACUCUCUCUCUCACCGUUCACUUCCCCAACAACACCAGCCUCAAGAGUCUCUCAUCAGAAACAAACCUGUGAAAAUAUCAAAAACUUUGCGACAAACCCCUAGUGUCACCAAUUUUUUUUUCUCGAGCAGAGAAGAGAGAAACUCUCGCGUUUCUGUCUUUUUUUUUCAAGCAUUUGUGUACGCUAUUGAGAAGGGGGUGCACAUGAAGGGGGUGAGAGUUAAAGAGGAAGACUCGGUGACAUGCGCUGCGGGAUUAUCAUCCUCUUCCUCUUCGACCUUCUCGCCGCAGCCGAUGGAGGGGCUGCACGAGGUGGGUCCGCCUCCGUUUCUUACCAAGACCUUUGAAAUGGUGGAAGACUCGUCGACGGACUCGAUUGUGUCGUGGAGCGGAGCUCGCAACAGCUUCAUCGUUUGGGACCCUAAUAAGUUCUCCAACAUCCUUCUUCCCCGCCACUUCAAGCACAGUAACUUCUCCAGCUUCAUUCGCCAGCUCAAUACAUAUGGUUUCAGAAAGGUUGAUCCUGAUCGAUGGGAGUUUGCAAAUGAAGGGUUUCUAGGAGGACAGAGGCAUCUAUUGAAGACCAUCAAGAGGAGAAGACAAGUCACACAAGGUAUGCAACAACAAGGAGGAGGAGGAGGAGGAGCUUGGGUCGAAGUGGGACAAUAUGGCUUGGAAGGUGAUCUUGAAAGAUUAAAGAGAGAUAGAAGCUUGUUAAUGGCAGAAAUUUUGAGGUUGAGGCAGCAACAACAGACUUCGAGGGUAAAAAUCAUUUCCAUGGAGGAUAGGUUACAGGCCACAGAGAGGAAACAGCAACAGAUAAUGACUUUUCUUGCUAAAGCACUCAGUAACCCAUCAUUUAUCCAGCAAUUUGCUAAGAGGAAUGCUCAAAGGAAAGAAUUGCGAGGUAUUGAAAAUGGAAGAAAGCGGAGAUUGUCCACAAGACCAAGUGUGGAGAAUUUGCCAGAAGUAGAGUCAGCGGUGGCAGGCAGUGGUGGCGAAAUUGUGGAUUACGCAAGCCAAGAGCAAGAAGAAUUGGCAUCCAUGGAGUCAGAAAUAGAGACUUUUUUCUCAGCUGCCUUGGACAAUGAAUCAAGCAGUGAUAUCAAGGAUCCAAUUGAAAUACCCGCAACAAAUGGCGGCAAUUUGGAUUUUGUUAAUGAGUCAAUAUGGGAUGAACUACUGAAUGAUGAUUUGAUUGCUGGCGAUCUACAGGAAAAAGCUGUGGUGGGUGAUCAAUCAGAAAUAGAUGUGGAAGUGGAGUAUUUGUUUGCAAAACCUGCCGACUGGGGUGAGGAUUUGCGAGAACUUGUGGAUCAAAUGGGUCAUCUCAGGUCUAUGCCGUGACCAUAUGCUCAUAUCAGUAUAUAUCACAAAUAAGGCAAAUAUCUGAAUAUAUUCUAUCAGACAUGAUUUUGCGUAUUUUGUAUUUUGGGUUGGUCUCUGCAGCUCUCUGUUCCUCAAUGUCUCAUCGGUAUAUGACUUACAAACUCCGGUUUGAUUAUUUUGUUGCUUUACAGUAUUUAUUUUCUCUGUGAUGAAGGAUGCUUGGUUUCUCAUGAACAGGGAUGAAUAGAGUUGUAAAGAGGCCUGCAGAUUUCGUUCUCCUGCUUCUGUCUCCUUUAAGGAUUAAUCCGGUCAUCCAUAUAUUUUCUACUACUUUUUAGUGCACUUUGAAUCAGUUCCACGGUCUUUGAUUUGCUGUUUUAUUGUCUGCAUUUUGCAGGCGGACCAGCAAACGGGCACCGGCGAGGAGCGGUUUUAUUCAAUGACUCGUCCCCAAGCUCUAUCGUUAUAGUAUCUGCACAUAUAGAAGAUACCUUGCUCAGCUUUCAUAGUAUGGAAUUCCGAUUCGUUUAUUCGAUCGAUGUUGAUAUCAGCCAAGUUUGACGAGUAUAUUAAAUUCCUUCUCCUUUUUCUCUUUCCCUCGCUUGUACAUAGAAAUUAAGUUCUUGUUUAUAUUUGAAUUACUGCUUAUAUUUCCAUUUUUUUUUAUGUUGUUAAUGAGCAGCCUUUGGUUUUCUGGGUAUGUUGGACUCUGAAUAUAUAUAAUAGUCUUUUUGCUGCAUGACAGAAACAUCUCUCUCUCAUAGUUAUGGCUAAUAAGAUCUGUGAAGACUGCAAUUUGAUGAAUACUUUUGGUGUUAUUUAAUCAAGCUGCCCUUAAGGGUAUGAUAUUCGUCUUGGUAAGUUGAGCAGACUCACACUUGGUGGAUUGAGAAGCAUUUAUAUAAUAUAAGGGGUGUCUGCGUGUAAACUCUUGAUCAGGUUCCCCACAGGCAACAGGCUACAGGCUACAGGCUACAGGCUACUAUACAAGAAAGUCGUGUUCCCCUUUUGGAUUUUCCUCGAGGAUAAAUAGCAAUUCAUGCAAGCGUGAUAAAAAAUGAUGGCAUAUUCCAGCAUUGAAAAAGCACUCUAAAACUGAUAAUGAAGAUAUACUUGUACAAAGUUGGUGCUUGAGGAUCGGAAUAGAUACUUGAACAGUGAAAUUGGAAAGAAGACUAUUUAGAUAAGUUUUCAGAAACUGUUUUCAUAUUUUAAGAUAAUAGUAAGCAAAUUUUAGCCGCAAAAGCAAGGGAGAAAUGCUGAGGGAACUAAAUCUUUUACUAACAGAUGGGUUCAUACUGAUGAACAAAUUCUACGUUAUCUUCUUUAGUAAAAGCAAGAAGAUGGUCUAAGGUGUCUAUGUUUGAUGGGGUAGCGUAAAGGAAAUGAAGGAAGGAUGUCUGUGUUUGAUAGGCGGUUAGGAGAAAUCGAGAGUUUUUGGUAGUUGUGAUAAGAAGUUUGGCAAGGUGAGCAUUCAUUGUAGAGGACACGCGUCAAUCAUGCUGAAGAGAGUUGUCAAGCAUGCAUGGAAAAGACGGAAAACGUGGCGGAUGAUCUUAUUAGCGGAAGAGGGAGAUCGAGCUCGUAAAGAUCUAGAGCCUAGAGGGCAUAUGUCAUGACUAAGAAGAGUUUGGCCAAAGCGUGUAGGCGUGUGCCAACUGUGUGAGAAGUCAAGGUCGGUCUCUAUUGAGUUGGAGAUCCAGUUAGCUAAAUAAGUGCUGGCCCACAUUCAACACCAAACUAAAAGAGGGCCCAAUAUAUUCAAGAGGUGCUCCAAGUUCAUCUUAUCCACCGGUGCUAUUUUUCAAUAGGAUGGACCAAGAUGUAUUAUUAUUGAGGGAUUGUUGUUGCAUGACCGAAAGGCCAUUGGACGGCAAUAAUCUCGUUGAACCAAAUCAAUAAGAGUUUAAAGGAUUGUUAUUGCACGGCCGCUGGAUGACCACAAUCCAAUGCUGACA